AUGGCAGAGGCCUUUGUGGGGACAUGGAACCUGAAAAGCAGCGAAAAUUUUGAUGAAUACAUGAAGGUUCUGGGCGUGGGAUUCGCCACUCGCAAGGUGGGCAACCUGACCAAGCCCACCACCAUCAUUUCGGUGGAGGGCGACACGGUGAAGAUCCAGACGCAAAGCACUAUCAAGAACACGGAGCUCUCCUUCAAGCUGGGCGAAGAGUUUGACGAGACCACCGCUGAUAACAGGAAAGUCAAGUCUGUGGUGACAAUAGAUGGCGGCAAGCUAGUUCACAUCCAGCGGUGGGACGGCAAGGAGACCAGCCUGGUUCGCGAAGUCAACGGUAACGCCCUCACUCUGACGCUAACGAUGGGCGACGUCGUUAGCACGCGCUCAUAUGAGAAAGCAGAGUGA